CACGUUGCUCACAUCUGCCCUGUGUCUUUUACGAGGAGUUUCCGUGGUCAUAGCUGAGCUAUGAACUUUAGUAUUACCAGUUGUAGUGAACAAGCACGUCGACUCGACGAAGCCACAAGACCUUCCCCAUCAUCGACCUGCUCGGAUCGGGCGUUUGCUGCUGCUCCUCUCUGUUUACGAUGUGGGAUGCGAGAGGUGCACGUCGUCGAAUCUGACGUGAAGGAACUCAAGAAGGGCAACAAGAACACCCAGACGGCCGUGGACAGUUUCGUCAAGUUCUCCCAGAUAAGUAGUUGCAAGGGCGUUGAGAGGAACGCCAAGAAAGACCUCAAGUAUGUCGAGAGAAACUUGAAGAACGACAUCAAGCGUUUCGACAGGGAUAUCAAGAAGAACAUCAACCGUGUCGAGACCAAUUGCAACGAUGACGUCACUCACGACAACCUCAAGGUCACUGUUGGAAGCGGGUCUGGGAUCAGACACCUGGGAGUUGGCGGUCAGGUUGGGGGCGGAUUUGGGAUCGGUCAAGUUGGAAGUGGUGGUCAGGUAGCGAGCGGAUCCGGGAUCAGUCAGGAUGAGAGCCGAACUGGAACCGGACAGCUCGGGGUCGGCGUUCGAGUUGGAAACGGAUCUAGGGUCAAUCUGGUCAGGGUCGACAGUGAAGUUGGAAGACGCGUCGACAAGGACAGGUGGGAGACCGUUAUCGAUAUCGACAAGAUUAGAAGGGACACCCAAGGCAAAAUCGGAGGCCAAGAGAAGAAGGUUCAAGCGGUGGCGAAGGAGGCCAAAGCCAGCAAGGUUACGGCAGGCCAGGCGAAGAAGGAGGCCAAGGAGGCUUUGAAGCAAGCCGGCGAGGCGAAGAAGGAGUCCAAGAAAGCCUUGAAGCAAGCUGGCGAGGCGAAGAAGGAGUCCAAGGUAGCCUUGGACAAUGCGAAGAAGGAGUCCAAGGAAGCCUUGAAGCAAGCUGGCGAGGCGAAGAAGGAGUCCAAGGUAGCCUUGAACGAUACCAGAUGGAUGGCCCAGUUUCUCAAGGGUGCUGCUUCCACCAUCGUUGAGAGUUGUGGGGGUAGCAUCGACUGGGACCGUGCUGGACACCUGGGAGUCGGCGGUCAGGUAGCGAGCGGAUCCGGGAUUGGUCAGGUUGGGAGCCGAAUUGGAACCGGACAGCUCGGGGUCGGCGGUCGAGCCGGAAGCGGAUCUAGGGUCAAUCUGGUCAGGGUCGACGGUGAAGUCGGAACCCGAUCUGGGAUCGCUGGGAUCGAUCUGUUCAGGGUCAACGGCGAGGUCGAGGCCGCCGCCGGAAGGCCUGAGACGGUCCAAUCAAUCGGGACCGACGCUGGAAAGAGCAAGGCCAAUCACGACGGCGAAGGGCGAAGGACAUCAAGAAGACCAUAG